GAGGAUGACAUGGUUACUACUCCGGGGGGUCAGCAUCCUCAUCAACCCCGACAGCAAACGCGCUGCUCGCUGUGGAUGGCCACCAUACUUCAUCGACGAAGACACCGGUCUUCCAACACCAACGCCGGCUUCACCGGUACCGGCUCGGACUCCAUGGAAUCCGGCCUUCACCUUCCUCCCGAGCGUAGGCACCCUCAACGCUAAUAGUGGAGGAGGCGCCUUCUUCUCCCCUGGCAAGGGGGAUACCCCUUGGAAUUAAACCAGGAGAAGGGGCAAGGGGUCGGCAGUGCCCGUGGGGGCCUCGACCGGAGCGCCCAAGGCUAGGACGCUCUCAGCCGGCGCGCCCUCUGCUGACGCGCACGUGGCUGGUGCGCCCUCGGCCGAUGCACCCUUGGUCGGCGCGCCCUAGUUCGCCACCAUGGCUAGGAUGCUCUUGGCCGGCGCGCCCUCGGCCGGUGCACCCUCGGCUGGCGCGGCCACAUCGACUACGGCAAUGGAUGGAUCUCCACGGCAACAGCGGCGACGGCGGGUGGCGUCCAUUGGCGGCGGCGGUUACAGGGCGCCGGCAGCUGUAGGGCGAUUAGGGUUUCCCUGUCGCGCCUCAAAUAGGCCAUGCACCUCUGUUGGGUCGGCCUGCAAGGCCCAGCACCGUCUACCCUCCCCCUCCUUACUACGCCAUAGUUGGGUCGGUCCCUAGGCCCAAUGUCCGCCUCCCCCUGCGCCAAUGGGCUGACCUACAAGUUGGCCCAUCUAGCACUCCCAUACACAUUUACCUUUAUAUUUUUAAAGUUCAGUUCUAAAUUCGCAAGAAAACCUUUCAGUCUCCAUGUAAUUUAGUGCUGGUUUAUAAUAGUAUUUCGCUGUUUGUGAGCAUUUCAUUGUAUAAAUACCAUGACUUUAUCAAUGAUUAUGCCACUGAUAUUUUACUUG